GUGCAAUUUCUGUAGCAUUAAUUUGCGUGGCGUGUGAGCGUUAUGUUUUUAGUGCAUCCAUUCCGGGAGUAAUUGGGUAUUUUACUAUUUACAGGGAGGAUUCGAGGUCGAAGAUGGAUGAAUGGAGACGACCAGCGCUUACCAAACCCUUGUAGUCUUGUUAAAUGUCAGAAAUAGUUGUCAUUGACUCGAGUCUUUUAUUUUCUCCAUACACAGUCCGUGUUUGCAGUGUGUGAAGCUAGCUAGAUAGCUAGUACCUAACGUUGGGUCUUUCCCCUCAUCCCCUAGCCAAAUUUACGGACCUAUAUUCUGUCAAAUUGGAGCAGGGCUGGGCAACUAGCCUAGCCAUCAAUUGACUCUGGAGCAGGAUACUGAGGAUAGUAUGGCCAUGACGGGAGGGACUGCAGCUGCCCUUCCCAUGAGCAACCACACCCGAGAGAGGGUGACCGUGGCCAAGCUGACACUAGAGAACUUCUACAGCACUCUGCUGACACAGCACGAGGAGCGAGAGACGAGGCAGAAGAAGCUGGAGAAAGUCAUGGAUGAGGAUGGCUUGAUAGAUGAAGAGAAGGUAAUGCGACGUUCCCAGCACGCCAGGAAGGAGACAGAGUUCCUGCGGCUGAAGAGGACCCGGCUGGGCCUGGAUGACUUCGAGUCACUAAAGGUCAUUGGUAGAGGCGCCUUUGGAGAGGUCCGCUUGGUGCAGAAAAAAGACACCGGGCACAUAUAUGCCAUGAAGAUCUUGAGGAAAGCUGACAUGUUGGAGAAGGAGCAGGUGGCUCAUAUUCGGGCAGAGAGGGACAUCUUGGUGGAGGCAGACGGGGCCUGGGUGGUCAAGAUGUUCUACAGUUUCCAGGAUAAGAGGAACCUCUACCUCAUCAUGGAGUUUCUACCUGGAGGUGACAUGAUGACCCUGCUGAUGAAAAAGGACACCCUGUCUGAAGAGGCCACCCAGUUCUACAUCGCUGAGACUGUCCUGGCCAUCGACUCCAUUCACCAGCUGGGAUUCAUCCACAGAGACAUCAAACCUGAUAACCUGCUUCUGGACUCCAGGGGCCAUGUAAAACUGUCUGAUUUUGGUCUGUGUACGGGACUGAAGAAGGCCCACCGUACAGAGUUCUACAGGAACCUCACACACAACCCUCCCAGUGACUUCUCCUUCCAAAACAUGAACUCAAAGAGGAAAGCAGAGACAUGGAAGAAGAACCGGAGGCAACUGGCCUACUCCACAGUGGGAACACCGGACUACAUUGCCCCAGAGGUGUUCCUGCAGACGGGAUACAACAAGCUCUGUGACUGGUGGUCUCUGGGGGUCAUCAUGUAUGAGAUGCUGAUAGGGUACCCCCCGUUCUGUUCUGAGACACCCCAGGAGACUUAUAGGAAGGUGAUGAACUGGAAGGAGACCUUAGUCUUCCCCCCCGAGGUGCCCAUCUCGGAGAGGGCCAAGGACUUGAUUCUCAGGUACUGUAAUGAUGCUGAGAACCGUGUUGGUGCUGUGAGUGUUGAGGAGAUGAAGAGUCACGCCUUCUUUGAGCCUGUGGACUGGGAACACAUCAGGGAAAGACCAGCCGCCAUCUCCAUUGAGAUCAAGAGCAUCGAUGACACAUCGAACUUUGAUGAGUUCCCAGAAUCAGACAUCCUUCAGCCAGUUUCCAACGUGACUGAGCCAGACAAAUCCAAGGACUGGGUGUUCCUGAACUACACCUACAAGAGGUUUGAGGGGCUGACUCAGCGAGGCACCAUCCCCACCUACAUGAAGGCAGGGAAGGCCUAAUGAGGGCAUGGGGGAAAAUGGGAGAGACAAUGUGGACACAGGGUUGGGCGGUAAACCCCUGCUGUGCUGAAAGCACAGGAUCAAGAAGGAUGAGGAGCUUCUUGGUUUCAUGCUUCACCAGGGCUUCCCUGAUUGACCAGAGAUCCACCAGGCACCAGACAAUGGCAAGAGUCACAGGGAUAUAAAUAACACAUGUAUCGUCUUUUGUCUUAGGCCUCUUGGGCUGUUAAAGGGGAAGUUUGUGUUUUACAACUUAAUGUUAGAUGGUUCCUCAUCCUGAAAAAAUGGAACUUCCCCCUUUGAAGCGACUACUACUAGGUGACUAAAUCAACGGACGCGUUCCUCUGCCCAGGCGUUGCUGACGCAUGCCAGAUCUUACAACACCUGGAUAAGUAUUUUACCUAUCGGCUAACCACAUCAUAUGUUAUAGCAAUCUGGUGCCCGGCGACGGCACAGUCAAUUAUGUGGUACACAACCAUUGGUUGAUGCAUGCAACGUCUGAGCGGGGAACGCAACCAUCGUAUCUGCAUGUUUACACACUGAUUUGCAGGGUCUAAAAUGCUGUAGAAGGACCCCCACACACAGGGUAUUCGUUGGGGGGAGCGGUUGGUGGUUAUCCUAGUGACCUCAUAUGACUGAAGAAAAAUGCAUAUAGUUAAUGUUAAGUAACGUUGUUUGCUAAACUUGUAGAUAUACAAAGUUCUAAGGUUUCAAGUCUUUUAUGGGUGCCACGUUAGUCAAAAAGUUUCAAUACUGUUUUCAUUCUAGUUACAAUGCAAAUAAUAAUCCUUCUGUCAUGGAACGUUCGCUGCCAACAUGGAGUAUGGUGAGCCAUACGUACAUGUAUCUAUUGCUCUGGGAUUAAUCCAUUGUAUCUAUUUAAUGCCUUGAUAAUCUGGAAUUAAUAGAUCUAUAAAUUAUUUAAUGGUGUGAAAGAUUCAUAGAAAAGUGUUGUAUUCUAGUGGUUGAGAUUAGAAACUAAUGUAUAAGCAGAUUUGUUUUUGCAAGUUAGAGGACAAGUCAUGGAUGUCAAUUAAAAUGCAAUGCUAUUAAUGCUUAAAGGUAGCAAUAUGACGUAGAUGCAGAAAGUAAACGGCAUAUUGGGUCAAUUUCCACAACUAAGAGCGUUGAAGCGUGAGGCUCAACUUCUCUGCUUUUUUGGUCCCGUGGCUACCACGCUGUAUACGGUAUGAAGCGAACCCCGGCACAUGUGCAGAUGCUGUGUGUGACUGCGGGAGAGUGACAUCUUGCAUCUCGCUCAUCUCAAUAUCUGCGGUGCUGCUCGUGGCAAUGCCAUUUCGCUGAGUCUAACUUUACAGUAGUUACAUUUCUGUUCAAAUUUAUUGACAAAUAUCAGAUGGCACCUUUUUUUUAAAGUACAUCGGAAUUCAUGUUUGAUCUCCACUUCACAUCGCUCACCUAAAUUCAUCCAUUUAAGAUAGGAACUACAUUUUCAAUUAAAUGUACGUUUUAUAGUCAACAUUUCCUAAACUUUACUGAACCCCCGCUGUGUGUGAUUUCAUAUAGAUAUUCAAAUAUAGGUGUCAAACAUUUCAGCGAUUCUGAUUUAGUUGUGCUGAGGUGGUCAGCACAACUUGCAUAUUCAAUAAACUAAACACAUGUAAUGUUGCCCUGGCUAUCUGGCACAGGUCAAAGUUCAAAGGCUAUGUGAUCUGGAGCAGGUGUAAAAUAUUAUUAUUAUUAUAAUAAAAUCAAUGUAUCAAAUGA